AUGCUCCUCCGAUGCCGCGCCCUCUCCCAGCUCCUCUCGGCCCCCUCCGCCUCUCCCAUCUCCCAGCUCCUCGGCUACCACAGCCGCCUCCUCUCAGCGGCCGUGCCCGUCGGUCCCCCAAACCCUAGCUUCGCCGUCGAGGACUACCUCGUCUCCACCUGCGGCCUCACCCGACCCCAGGCCCUCAAGGCCUCCCCCAAGCUCUCCCACCUCAAGUCCCCCUCCAAGCCCGACGCCGUCCUCGCCUUCCUCGCCGACCUCGGCCUCUCCGGCGCCGACGUGGCCGCCGUCGUCGCCAGGGACCCCCGGUUCCUUUGCGCCGGCGUGGGGACAAUACUGGCCCCCAACGUCGCCGCGCUCACCGGCAUCGGUCUCUCGCGCUCUGACAUCGCGCGCCUCGUCUUGGUCGCCGGCAACCAGUUCCGCCGUAGAUCCAUCGUCACCAAUCUACACUACUGCCUGUGCAUCUUCGGGUCCUACGAGAAUCUCCUCACUGCUAUCAAGCGCAAAUCCUACAUUCUCAUGUCCGACCUCGAGAGGGUGGUCAAGCCCAACGUUGCGCUCCUGCGAGAGUUCGGGCUUGGUCCUUGUGAUAUUGCCAAGCUGUGCGUCGCCCACCCAUGGCUGCUCACCUGCAACGUAGAGCGUAUCCGGGCGACGGUGUUGCGUGUCGAUGUUCUGGGUAUACCCCGAUGGUCUGGGAUGUUUUGGCAUGCGAUGGGUGCUGUUGCAUUCGUCAGCGAGGAGAAAAUCGCUGCCGCAGUGGAGCACUUGAAGAAAAUGUUCAGGUGGUCAGAUGAUGAGGUGGGCAUUGCUAUUUCCAAGGCUCCAAAUGUGCUGAAUAAGACUAAGGAGUCUCUGCAGAGAAGGUCAGAGUUCCUAAUCUCUGAUUUGGGGUUGGAACCCGCAUACAUUGCUCAUCGCUCGGUAAUGCUCUUGUACAGCCUGGAGGGCCGGCUAAGGCCCCGGAGCUAUGUCGUGAAGUUUCUUAAGGCAAAUGGAUUGCUAGAUCCUGGCCGGGACUUGUAUACCGCAGUCACACUGAGUGAGAAGGUAUUCAUGGAGAAGUUCAUAUGCCCUCACAAGGAAGCUGCACCCCACCUUGCUGAAGAUUAUGCAGCAGCUUGCAGAGGGGAAUUGACGGCUAGAUUCAGAUUAAAUGAAGCAGAGAUGGGCCAUGGAAAUUGGUAA